CUCCCCCACCCGCAGAAGCUCUUUCUAACUCGCUUCCAUCGAUCGAUCGAUCGGUCAUCGCUUUUAAGAUUGUCUGUCUUCUCUUUUCGGUUUGCGUGUUCUUGUGGUUGCGUAGACGGUCCGAUCAUGAUCGCGUGCCGCGGAAUUCUCGAUUAUCCGGCUCCGAUCACCUGUCGUGAGGAUAAGUUCGGCGAUACCGUCGCGAUCCUUUCGAAAUCGAGGGGUAUUCGGUCGUUUUGCGGGGGUUCGUUUCUAGCUGUCGUGUUUUACCUCAUUUUUUGUGAUUUUGUGCCCGACCGUUGCUUGAAUCGCGAGGAAAUCCGGUGGCGUGAACCGUGAGGAUGUGUUAGCUUUGGGCUUUUGGAUGUGAGGAGUUGGUUUAUUUUCCGUAUCCUGGCUUUAUGUUUUCCCCCCGCCUCCCUUUAAUUGAUCGUUUCAUCCGUCGUAAGAAGUUUUUCCUCCCACUGGGUUGGUCAUCGCUGGGCUGAGGUCCGCUGAUCCUGAUUUUACCUCGAGGAUGGCAAUUAUAAACACUGCCGGUACUCUAUUGGUCAUAGAAAUUGCUACUUAGAACCCUUUACCUUGUAGUUUUCAUCUUUCUCCUAGGCUAUAUGCUACAGCUUUGCUGUUAUGAAUACUUAAAAAGUUACACCAUCAGUUACAAGAUCCUUGCUCUCUCUCUCUCUCUCUGGCUCUGUCUUUGAGAUGUAGUCAGGGUGGUGGAUCAUCGAUACUGGGAAGGUUUCUAUGUGGGGAGGGUUUAAUAUUACAAUAGGAUUACUCUACAUGAUGAUCAUUUUGGAUGUCGUGGAAUGUUUAAACUGAAGAUUGAUGGCACAAAUGGAAAUGCGAUGAUUAAGACAACCGGUAGUAUUCAUUCUAUUUAUCUUCAUCUAACAUUUCUUUCUGGUGUCUCUAUGCAAAAUCAGUGGCAACGAUGAUCAGUCAAUUACUCACAUAGAAAGCCAGUUGCUCAGGCUUUAGACUAUCGUGUUACCUCCAAGAGGCCUUAAAAUUAGCAGCACCUAUCGUACACAAAGAAUGCCCACUUGUGCUUUUUUCUGAACAUCUGCUGGUUUAUUUGUCUAAUAUGGACAAUUUCUUUUUUCCUAUUAGAUACUCAAAUAGAAAGCCCUUCUCUUAGGCUUGAGAGUAUAUUAACAUCUUCACAUAGGCCAACAAGUAUAAGUACCUCCCCAGCGCUUAUGGUUUUGGGGUUAUGUACCAGUUUCAUGUCAAUUCAAGUGGACGUAAUAUUUACUUAAUCAUUGUUUUAUGAUGCAGAUAAAAGUGUACAUUUGAUUUAGUUUUUCAUAAUGCCUGAUGAAUGUAGAGUUGUAAAAAAUACUGAAGUCAUUGAAAAUAAAAUCACAGAGGAUGGCAUGGUGCGUGGACUAGGCUUAUAGUAUCUCCCAGCCCUAAUGUUGCAAGUGUGAUGGCUUGAUAUCAUUGGGACCUAGAGUUAAAUUGAAUAUCCUUUGGCAUCGACUAGGUUUGCCUGUUUCUGUUGUGCAGGUUUUGUUGGGUACGGGUGGUAUGAUUUUUCUUGCUUGACUUUUAUUAUAUGGAGAAUUUGGAAGGACAUGUCUACAAAUACAGGCCCUUUUUUGAUUUAUCAGGUGAUUGGAGAAGCUACCUAAUUUGAUUGUGUGAUCCCAUCUUCUGGACUUUAUGGUGCCCUGCUUCCUUGGAGUGUUUUUCAGUGGUCUGGUUCCUGGGAUAUCAAUUGAUCUUUAUUGUAGUAGGACUUUCCAAUUUCCUCUGAUCAAUAUAGAUCUCCACAACUCCACUUAACUUCUCCACAGGGUUCUAGUUGUACAUUACUACUGUCUCCUAUUUGAAGGAAAGCCUAUGACAAUGAGAAUGAGGAUUUUGCUGACUAGCCCUGGUCCUUCAGAUCUGUGUGCACUCCUAUGGAAGUUCCAUAUAUUGUGGCAACACUCUCCUGUAGUGUUGAGGACUGGGAGUUAGUAAUCCUUUAACAAGAAGUGGAAUAAUGCUUUCCCGGUGUGCUCCCUGUUAGAGGGCCUCGUGAGAUCCAAUUGAGUUUCCAAUGAGCAAUUGGCUUUUGCAUCAGUUUGAUCAUUAAUCCAAAAUCAAGGGGCCUGACAUUGUAAGAUAAGAUAGUUAUCACCCUCUAUGGAGAUGCAUAUGGUCCUGAUUGUAGGAUUUAUCCCAUUGUCUAGCUAUGACUUCUCUGAACAUGGGGUCUAACAGUUCAUCAGAUUUUGGCUAAACUAAUCUUGCAGGGGCUUUUUCUCUUAGCUUGACGGUGGUUGUAUCCAGGAAGUCCAGUUGACCAUGUUCACAAGGCUCCCCCUAUCUAGGAGUUUCUCCGUCUGUUUGUAUUAGUAAACACACUCGCUUGAAGAAAGGAUAGUGAUCACCCUGGCUCUGCUGGUGGGCUUUUUGAUGGUUGUUUUGUCAAUAUUGGAGAGACACAUAUUUAAUACUCUGUGCUUCUCAUGGAGAUUAGAUGUACCAAUCUUACAGGGAAUGAAAAUUUAUGGGGCAUAGGCAUUUAUUUGGUGCAUCUCAGACAUUUGAGGGUAACCAUGCUCAAAGCUGGAAUAACAUGAAUAUGGAGCAACCGAAUAUGCAAUUAGCCAGGGGAAGUUCUGUAGAAAAUGGUACUUUCUUUUAUUCUGUAGAGAAUGCGGGCGUGAAUGGAGUGCAUUAUGCUUCUCAUUGGACUGCACCAAGGUCAAGUGAAUAUGGUCCACUUGGUCACAAUGAUGUGUUGCCACAUUGUCAGCCCAAUGUCGCCGGGCUAUCUCAGGAAUCUUUUCCACAUGCACCAAACAUCGGGACAAUCAGGACAUCGACGGAUAACUAUGCAUGUCAUGGAUCGUCGUCGUCGUCAUCAUCGUCACAUUACAAUGGUCAUGCGCCAUAUGGUGUUGAUGCCGGAUUUAUUGAUCUCACGGCUGAUGGUGGAAGAAGACACCUUAAGAGAAAAAGCCCUGUAAUACCGUCAUUGUGUGAGAGGGGCAGUAGUAGCAGAUACUACUGUCCAGGAAGUGGAAGUUCCUCUGCUCCUCCUGUCUCUUCUGAAUUACGGCUGGAGGAACCAGACAUUGACUCGCUUCAUGCGCCUUGGGAUCAUCUCCCUGCUAAUGGAGAUUAUUCCUACAAUGGGCCCAACAGCCUUCCAAUCAGGGGUGAGGGUCCUUUAAGGAAUGUGAGAAGUCGUUAUGGGGUCGAAAUAGAUACCAAUGUGUCCAGGACACAUAUGCCAACCAAUCCACAUAAUUUUAUUUAUACAAGCAACCCUGUGGAGCAUUCUCGCGUGGUGGAUCUUCAAGGUCAAUCUAAUGGUCUGACAUGUGACUGGAACCAUACCACUGUUGCUCCUGCUCAUGGGAGGAUGUUAAUUUCAGGUGGAUAUAGAGACGGGCCAAACCAGUCUUUUGGUGGAAGCAGUACUGUUGGUUCUCCCCUGGAGACUGGUGGAUCUGAUUUUAUUUCGAGGAGAAAUCCUAUCAUCCGUCAAGGCAAUCUCGGAUCCUCAAGCCAGCCACUGAGAAGUGUUCGUAGCAUCUCUUCUCAAAGAUCUAGCCGAGAUCCCCGGCCUUCUUCAAGCAGCUUACGAUCUUUACAAGUGGGACCUUCAGAAGAGAGACUGCCAUCAGUUGCAGAUGGUUACUCAAGACAUUCGAGGCCACUUUCUGCCAUAGGAUGGCGUAAUAAUGAUGGGGCUCGGAGAUCAAGGGUAUCUACUGAAAGAUUUCGGUCGUUUCCUGAUGAAGGAAGUGGCCGUGAUCAAUUAGAAUAUGAGGGAUUCAUGAUUGCGGAUCGCUCAGCUUUUUAUGCUUCAAGAGGUGCGUUUGAUGAGCACCGGGACUUGAGGCUAGACAUAGAUAACAUGAGCUAUGAGGAGCUGCUGGCAUUGGGGGAAAGGAUUGGUAAUGUCAGUACAGGCUUGUCUGAGGAUUCAGUAGCAAAAUGUUUGACAGAAACGGUACAAUAUUCAUCAGAGAAAUUUCAGGAUCAGAGUAGAUGUGUUAUCUGCCUGGAGGAGUACCAAAACAUGGACUACGUUGGGGCACUGAAAACUUGCGGCCAUGAUUACCAUGCUGGCUGCAUAAGAAAGUGGCUAUCGAUGAAGAACUUAUGUCCGAUUUGCAAAGCUCCGGCGAUGGACGAGGGCACAAAGCAAACCUAAGUUUAUUAUUCUAGUCUUUGCUGUCGUUAUGUACAUAUUCAAAAAGAUACUGGGCUCUAAAUGGGGUCUGAAGAUGCUUAGGGGACUUGUAUAGUGAUCAUCUGAAAGAUUCUAUUCAUUUAUUUCAGGCUUCCAUAAUGAUUCGUGGACGCCAAUUUAAGUUUACUAUGCA